AUGGCUGACGGGGAAAACGCGGAGGACACGCGUCCCACCUCGACGCUGGUCGUCCCGCCGCCCCUCGCCAACGUGCUGCGCCCACAUCAGGUUGACGCGCUGCAUUUUUUGUGGAGGAAACUCGUGGACGAGGGCAUACAGCGUGUCCUACGGGCGAGCCUGGCGGCGCCGUUGGCGGAGCGGGUGCGUCUCUACCAGGAGCUGUUUGGCUGCGUCAUUGCCCACUCGAUGGGCCUUGGCAAGACCGUCACCGUCCUGAGUUUUCUCCUGCUGCUUCAGCAGCGCUACGCCGUCGGAGAGGCGGCGGCACCAGCGAUACGCGCCCUCGUGCUGACCCCGCGCAGUUGCACGUAUCAGUGGCAGUGCAGUGCGGCGGAGUGGAUGCUCCCCGCGUUGUUCGGUGACACGGCUCUCCCCGUGUACGCCCCACUGGGCUCCCGCAGGCCCGCGAAGACCAUCCUGGAAUUCUACCAAAGAGGUGGCAUUCUUCUUCUGGGCUACGAGGAGUACCUGAAGCUUCUUCGACGGGCAAAGGAGGGCGUCGUGGGCUCGCAAGUCUACACCCGCGUCAAGUCUUUGUUUGAUUACUUGCGGCCACCGCUACCGCUGAGCAGCCAGCUGUCUUUGCUGGAGGUGCUGGAAAGCCCUGACGUGGUGGUUCUGGACGAGUCGCAUCGGCUGAAGCGCACCAACUCUAAACUUGUGGGGAGUCUAAUGGAGCACCUACGGGGAGUGCAGCUGCGGGUGGCGCUGACAGGCACGCCGCUGCAGAACCACUUGGAGGAGUACAAUGUCAUGUACUCUGUUGUGACAGGGGCCAUGAUGCAACCCGGGUCCUUCCGCCGCCUCUUUACGCUUCCCAUUGAACGAGGGCAGUGCGCGGACUCCACUUUUCAGCAGUUUGUGGAGAUGCAGAAGUGCGUGGCGUCGCUGCGGCGCUUCUUUGGGGCCACGAUGCAUCACUGUGGACCGGAGGUCCUUGAACGGGAACUUCCGCCGCGACGCGAGUACGUCAUUCUCGUCGGGUUGUCGCCAAAGCAGGAGGCGGCGUACCGAGCCAUGCUGAAGACCUACACGAGGGGCGAAACCAACCGCGUCAUCCUCCCGCUUCACCACGAGGCCUCCCACGUCUGUUUUCACCCCGCGUUGACGCGGCAGCGGGCGCGGGAGGUGACGCACGCUUCGUGCGACAGGGCAGCUCCAAGUGCGCUGCCGAGCGCCGCCGUGGAUGAGCGGGGGAGCAGUGGGGAGGAGAGCGGCUUCUCCGCCACCUCGUCGGAGGAGACGGCUUCAGACGAGUUCAAUGAGGCAGACCUUGAGGUGGCCAUGGAGCACCUCAAUGUGGCGGAGUCGCCGAAGCUCGCGCUAGCGCUUUCGCUGCUGUGGCACAUCAGCGAGGAGUUGCACGAGAAGGUGGUGCUCUUCUCCACGUACAGGAGCCACCUGUUCCUCUUGCAGCGGCUGCUGCGGCAACGGGGCAUGCUGGCGGACGUGAUGCAGGGAGGGUUGGAUGUACGGGAACGUCAGCGCAUUAUUGAACGCUUCACCGAGGAUGCCUCCCGCUUGGCUCUGCUCUGCUCCACAAAGGCGAGCGGCGUGGGCAUUAACCUGGUGGCGGCGAACCACUGCAUUUUGUUUGACGUGAGUUGGAACCCGGCCGACGACACGCAGGCGACAUACCGCCUCUACCGCUACGGACAGAAGCGGCCUGUGACCAUCUACCGCAUCGCGUCUGACGGAACGUUUGAGCACGUCGUCUUUUUCUACGCCCUGAGCAAGGCGUGGCUUCACAAGAAGAUUGUGGACGUGGCGGACCCCACGCGGUACGAGCGUCACAUGAAGGAGAACUACUUUGUGUAUCCCUGUGGGGUGCCGAUUGACUUUGAGCGCGGCGACGGCAAGGAGGAAGAGCGCGCUCCGCUUCCAAACAAUGAGGCGGCGCAGCAACGCUGGCGCGAGUACGCCGCCCGCCACUGCCCCGCCCUCACGCUUACGGCGCCGGACGGGACAUUUGCGUGGAUACGCUCCAUCUCUGAGCACUCCUUCUUGCUGCGUGACAAUACCGACGAGGUGAUUCGGGAGAUGGGGAAGCGGUUUGCGACGCAGGUGCAGCUGCCCAGUCUGCCCAUAGUGCUGGAGCCCGCACACGCCGAGGACUCCUUCCUGCAGGACGCGCGGGAUUUACUGCUGCAGCGGUGUGAGGUGGCGCUACAAGUCUGUCUCUGUGACGGCGCGGCGCACCUGGUGGCCGCCGUGCGCCGGCAGUCGGAGGAUGCCUCUGCGGAGGAAAAGGCGGUGGACACGAGCAAAACUGAGAAGUUGCUAUGCGGCCUAUUUGCGACGGUGGUGGGCGUUGAUGCGCCAGCGGAGGGAUUGGCCGAGGUGCUGGCCAUCUUAUUUCACCGUGGCGUGGAAGCGGUGAUGCGGACCAGCUUGAAUAGACCAUCCUACGCAAAGUUGCGCGCCUUUCUCAGUGGCAGGUUGGGUGGCGAUAACCAGACAGGUGAGUCGCUGUUGGAGUGGCUGCGAUUUCGUCCCUGUACUCUCUUUUCCCGCAUGGCGCCUGUAGAGGCCACCUACACUCUGACCGAGAUGGGGCUUUUGCGGCCUUUUGUGCCGCAUUGCACUCUCCUCGGCGUGUCGCUGGCGUUGGACGGGAGCAAGGCGCCGAAGGAAGCGCUACAGGCGAUGCACCGCCUAUUUGCCUCUCCAGACCCGCCGGACGGUGACGGGGAAACAACCGAGCAGUUGGCGGCGAAGGCGGUGACACGCUGCCUCGAGGCCUUGUGGCCGCCGUGUGAGGGGCUGUCGCUCCCAGACGUCCCUGCCAACCUUGAGGCGAGGCAGCGUCUCACGGAGCGGGCGUACCGAAGCGCACGAGAGCGCGUGAGCGGAUUCUUCUCCGUGAAGGAGGCGGCAAAGUGUCUCGGGCUUCGUGCCGUCCAUGGGCGCCGCGACUUGUACUACUGCAAACGCUGCUCGGAUGGCCUGUUGGACAGGACGCCGCCAGACGCCGUCCUAACUUGUGGCCGCUGCCACUACAACGCGGAGUUUGCACUGCAGACGCACCCCGACGCGCGUCACGCCUGUGCUCUCUAUCAGUUCUCCGUGCUUUCUGUGCUGCUGGAUGCCUUCUCCGUCUCGCGCAGCUUCACGACGGCGUUUGUUCCGACUGCGUGCCGUGACGUUCUUCAGGUUCUUCGACAGCUUCGAAACGCACGCAUGGUGCAGGUCUCGAAGAACUUCACCUCCGACGCACUGGAGAUCGGGAUCGACGCAUUGCUCUCUGGUAUGCCGGAGACGACGGCAUCGCUGUUGCGCCUGCAGUCCGGCGCGGCGGACACGACGGCGCUGAAGCGCCUCUUGGCGGCGGAUUCGAGCCGUGUCUGGUCGACCGUGCUGCGGAGCCACGUCCGGGAGCGGGUGCUGGGCUGGUUCAGGGCAACGACGACGACGACGACGACGACGACGACGACGACGACGGGCGGCGCCAAUGCACAGGCGAUGGCAAUGCCUGAGAUGCUGCUGGUGCUGGCGCUGCAGUCCCUCGCGAGGAACUUCGCCGGCGGCGGCGCCAACGCCAAAGACCUCCUCCUCCUCGGCCGCACGCAAAGCCGCGAGGCGGCGAUGCUGCGUUUUAUCUGCGAUGGACUCGUGAAGCUCAUUUACGCCGAGCGGCUGCUGGCGAACCCACUCACCCGGGCCUCGCUGGACGCAUUCAUGGUGGAGUACGCGACCCCCAGCGGGAGCAGCGGGAGCAGUGAGCGGCGUAGCCGCAACAGCAGCGUCCGCCGCAGGCGUCGGGAAGAGGGCGACAACGGCAGCCAUGCGUCGGGCUCCUCCACGUCUGCCAGCAUCGCUUCUGUGGCCCGCCGCGCUUGUGCGCGGAAGCGGCGGCGGCAAUCACCCGUUGCUUCGUACUCCAGUGCCUCCAGCGUGUCUAGCGCCUCCUCAUCCUUUAGCUCCUGCUACUCCGACGACGAGGGGGAUGACAAAAACGCGACGUCCAACUCGAAGAGUGCGGCGGAGCGUGCCCGCCGGGAAAUGAUAGAGUCGGAGGAGGUGCUGCGCCUGCGGUCAGUGCAGUACUGGGCGGCGUACUGCGAGGUCUACGGAACCUGCAGCAUAGAGUCGCUGACGGUGAUGGUGGAGGAUGAGGAGAAUGGGAUGAGCAUUCUGCCGCCGCCACCGAACAGCUUCUGGGUGAGUGAGGUGAAGCGGGCAACACGCGAGGGCAUGCGACUGGCCACCGUGGCGGACGAGUUUCUCGCAAAAAUAAUGCCGUUGACUGCGGCGGCGCGCGUUAUCAAGUAA